CAUUCGCAUGUUAUGAUCUCUAUGCUCGCAUGACGACAACAUCCACAAAAGGAGAAGCUGAAAGCACGUGCCAUAGCAACCGCUGUUUGCCGAAAUGCCCUAAAGCUUGUCGGGCAACGGCACGAUCUCCAACUUUGGCCCCGAGAUAAGUGCUUCAAAUGACCACCGUAAGCUUACAAGAAGUUGAGAAACACAACAGCAGAGCAGACGCCUGGAUCAUCUUCAGACAACAGGUGUACAACGUAAGCGACUACGUCGACAAGCACCCCGGGGGGCUGAUUCUGCUCAAUCACGCGGGAAAAGAUGCCACAGAAGCAAUCACCAAUCAACCCGCGCAUCGGUCCCAGCGGCUCGGGCAAGACAACUCUGCUGAAGCGGCUCGAACAACACAUGGAUGGUCGCGGCAGAACGUCUGAAAUGGAGAUACCCAGACCAACGGUAGGGGUCAACAUGACAAAGCUGAAGAUCAAGAAAAAGGCCUUCAGCGUUAGAGAAAUUGGGGGACAGAUGGCGCCACUAUGGCCGCAACAGUGCGCUGGUGCCCUCGGUCUGGUCUAUGUUGUGGACUCGUCUAACCUUCAGCAGUUCAGCGCUUCGGUUGUCUUGCUCCUAGACCUGCUGAACCUUGAGAGCCUCAGGGAUGUGCCUUUCUUAGUGGUCUUCAAUAAGGUGGAUGCCUACCUGGCUGUGCCGCUGGACGAGUACAAGACGGCAUUUAGGCUGAACGACAUCUUGGAGGUCGCCUCCCAGCCACUUAGGGUUGUGCAGACAAGCUGCUUGACUGAGUAUGGAUUGGACGAAGUUGUUGUCUGGUUGUCGGAAAUAACCUCCAAGUGAUAUAUACUGUUGCAACUUUACAUCUUUUUUAAUCUUUCAGAGUUAAAAGCAUGAGCCCUUGGGGAUGUGUGUACCAAAUGUUAAUUUCUAUACAAACACUAUACUCGGUUACAAGUCGAGAAGGUAGGAGCAGCUCCUCCCACAAGCGUGAUGCGCCCGUUUCAAAUCCCUCCGCAGUCGAAAGAAGAGUUCAGUGGAAACACUCUUUGUUCCGCUUCAAUGGAUAGAUAAUGGCCACAGAGUGGUGCCAACUUGUCAUCGACCCCCAUUUUUUAAGAAAGAAAUCUUUGUAUUCAUUGGAGGGGGAACCGAGCCCCUAAAAGCAGCCUUUGUAUCCAUCGGAGGGGGAAGCUAAUCUCUGAAAGUCGUAUUUGUUUCCAUCGGAGGGGAAAACUCUAAUCUCCCUCUCAUGGCUUCCACAAUGCUAAGUCAAAGUUGAAAGAUAAAGCAAAUAUGUACAGAAAGGCAAGACCUUCCUCGCGCGUUGGCCGCGACGUCACGGAAACGGUGGGACGCUAUUGGAUGCAGAGGUGGCGGAAGGAUAUACGAUUCCCUUUGAGGGGCAUUUGCCGCUACCUUCUUAACCUGUAACUUACUAUAGAUGUCUAGUCCUAUGCGGAGAGCAAGUCGUCUGCUUCUUGCGCAAGAGUUGCGGUGACAUCACAAAGAUGUCAAGCUCUGAUUGGCUCCGAUUGAAGGAUAGUGGGUGGACCUCAACGCAAGCUGCUUGGAGGUCUACCCACUAUCUUUCAUUCAGAACCAAUCAGGGCUCGGCAUUCUGACGUCACCACAACCCCUGCAAAAUAAGCAGACAAACUUGUGCUCUGCAUUCUAGCUAGCAUAUGUUGUUUAACCUGUUAGUUAUAGAUGCAAAUGUUUCAUAAUUAAGUUUAUUGCUCUCUUUGUUACACGAGGACACUCGUAUGUCAUAAAAUGUUAAGAUGUAUUUUGGGCCCUCAGCCGUCAGUUACAUAACUUGUGAAGAAUGGACAUCCUGCCAUAAUAAAUUUAAAAGUUCAGAAGCGGUUGAAAA